GCUGCUCUGUUCUCAAGCUCCAGGAACAGGGAGUCUGAAGCAGGCAGCUUCUGUGCGUCUGGACCUGGACUGAGAAUGGACUCGUUUGAAGAUAAGCUUCAGCAGCUGCGAGAGGCCUUCAACGCCGGGAGGACGAGGUCAGCUGAGUUCCGGGCUGCACAGCUGCAAGGCCUGAGCCACUUCCUCAGAGACAACAAACAGCAGCUGCAGGAGGCGCUGGCCCAAGACUUACACAAGUCAGCCUUUGAGUCGGAGGUGUCCGAGAUUGCCAUCAGUCAGGCUGAGGUGGACCUGGCCCUCAGGAACCUGCGGUCUUGGAUGAAGGAUGAGAAAGUGUCCAAGAAUCUGGCCACACAGCUGGACUCAGCCUUCAUCCGGAAGGAGCCCUUCGGGCUGGUCCUCAUCAUCGUGCCCUGGAAUUACCCAUUGAACCUGACACUCGUGCCUCUGGUGGGGGCCAUUGCUGCAGGGAAUUGUGUGGUACUCAAACCCUCAGAGAUCAGCAAGGCCACUGAAAAGAUCCUUGCUGAGGUCCUGCCCCGCUAUCUGGACCAGAGCUGCUUUGCUGUGGUGCUGGGUGGGCCUCAGGAAACUGGGCAGCUGCUGGAACACAGGUUCGACUACAUCUUCUUCACAGGGAGCCCUCGGGUAGGCAAGAUCGUCAUGGCCGCUGCUGCCAAACACCUGACACCCAUCACCCUGGAGCUGGGGGGUAAGAACCCCUGCUAUGUGGAUGACAGCUGCGACCCCCAGAUAGUGGCCAACCGUGUGGCCUGGUUCCGCUACUUCAACGCCGGCCAGACCUGUGUGGCCCCGGAUUAUGUCCUGUGUAGCCAGGAGAUGCAGGAGCGGCUGGUGCCCGCCCUGCAGAAUGCCAUCACGCGUUUCUAUGGAGACAACCCACGGACCUCCCCCAACCUGGGCAGAAUCAUCAACCAGAAGCAUUUCAAGCGGCUCCAGGGAUUGCUGGGCUGUGGCCGUGUGGCCAUCGGGGGCCAGAGCGAUGAGGGGGAGCGCUACAUUGCCCCCACAGUGUUAGUGGAUGUGCAGGAGACAGAGCCCGUGAUGCAGGAGGAGAUCUUUGGACCCAUCCUGCCCCUGGUGACUGUGAGGAGCCUGGAUGAGGCCAUCGAGUUCAUCAACCGGAGGGAGAAGCCACUUGCGCUGUAUGCCUUCUCUAAGAGAAGCCAGGUCAUCAAACAGGUGUUGGCCCGGACCAGCAGUGGGGGCUUCUGCGGGAACGAUGGCUUCAUGCACAUGACCCUGUCCAGCCUUCCUUUUGGAGGAGUGGGAACCAGCGGGAUGGGCAGGUACCACGGCAAGUUCUCCUUUGACACCUUUUCCAACCAGCGUGCCUGUUUGCUGCGCAGCCCUGGGAUGGAGAAAAUCAACGACCUGCGCUACCCGCCCUACACCAGUCGAAACCUCAGGGUGUUGCUGGUGGCCAUGGAAAAGAGAUGCUGCAGCUGCACGCUGCUGUAAGCAGGGGUGUUGGGGCACAGGAGCCUGCCUGGGGCAUAGCUGUGGAGAAAGUGGCCUGCCAGGGCCCUGGCCACAGAGAAGUUUGCUCAGCCCUUCUUGGUGCAGCCCUUCACCUCCUGCAGCUCCCUUUUCUGGAUCUUUGAAUGAGAAAGGCUGAGGGUAGGAAUGUGGGAAGGGAUGCAGUGACCUGCCCAUCUCCUCCAGUGCUAGCUAUAGAAUCUGAGAAAACAGGGCACUCUGAAUUACUCGCCUUCUUGUGGACAGUGCUGCAUGGGAGCAGUGAUAUUUGGCACAUGCCAUACUCUGUGACCAGGCAUGUCUGGGUCUUCUGAACCUCAGUUUUUGAUCUGCACAGUGGAGAGAAAUGAACAAAACAGCCUAUGGUCGCUGGAAGUAUUAAACUAGGAGGGCUUACUCCAA